AGAUUGCGGUAGCUGAGAUUGCACCACUGCACUCCAGCCUAGGCAACAGAGCGAGACUCCAUCUCAAACACAAAUGUUCGUAGACUGAAUUCAAGACAGAGAGUAAAGACAGAGGCUAGGGAGAGGAAGUUCUAAGCCCCAUUCUAGCUUGACACAGUUCCCACAGCUCGUAGAACUGCCACUUCAGAAGUAUUUUGCAUUGCCUGCUACAUGAAACCAUCAGCACUGCAAGGAACCAUAGGACAAGGACCCAGGAACUCUGCUAGGCUUUAGGAAACCUAGGUUCCAGGUAUCCUUCAAAAGUUGGGAAAACAUUUGCCCCCAUUGAUUCAGUCAGUAGUGUUUACUAAAUGUUUCACACUGCCAGGUAUAGCACCACUGCCUUUCUUAUACUUUUCAUUAACCUUUUUUUUUUCUAACCAAUGAGAGCAUACCAGUGAUUUCAACCUCUGUCAUAAUGGAGCCACAUGGAUAACACACAGAUAUUACCACUCUCCCCUAGGAGAGGGGCUUUCCUGAGCCCUUUAGAUUCUGAAUGACCUCCAGGCAUUCUAAGCAGUUUCCUCACCUUUCUGAUUGCUGACACAUCUGACCCAAGAGGCAGUGGAUGGAAGUUUCCUUUCCAGCCAUCUGUGUAUCAACACCCUAAACUCCACAUGUUAUCAUUCUUUCAUUUUCUAAGGUCACACUUCCCCUACAUUCAGACAAGUCUCACUGAUCUCUCAGGGUUCACCUGAAACAUCACUUUCCCAGGCCUUCCCCUUACUGCCCAGUUUAUACUUUUUGUUUUCUAUAACACUCAUUUCACUUGUAACCACUGGUUUCAUCCCCAACUGGAGGACUCUAAGUUUCAUGAGGGUAGGUAUCAAGCCUAUUUGUUUCCCUCUAUAUCCCCAGCACCUUGCUUGGGGACUGACACAUAAUGGAUGCUUAUCAAAUAUUUGUUGAAUGAAUGUUUGUUGAGCCUACAAACUUUCAUUCUCAGAUGGUGUUUAUGUAGUAUUAGUAAUAAUUUCCUACAUAGUUCAAUGGCUUACCAAACAUCUUUAUGAGUUAGUAUCCCAACUUUGGGGUAAAGGCAGUGCAAGUAAUACUCUCCCAAUUUUUUAGAAAAUAAAACACGAUCUAUGAGGUUAUCUGACUUGAUUAAGGCAGUGGUUCCAACGUUAGAAUUCAAAUGCAUAGCUGUAUUAAAAUUCUGACUAUAAAUUUUGUGUCAGUUACCAGCUGUUAACCAGAUGCUCUUGCCGUGGAGCGAAAUAUGGGUAGCUAGUGGAAGAGAGCAGUGGAAAGAACAGGGAGAAGCGAAAGCCAGGCCUUGGAGGAUUUCCUUUCCUCCAGUGCCUGCUUGAUUCCUACACAGGAUUGCUUUGUCUAUCCUGGGAGUUGAGACCCUCCAUAAGUCUCUCAAUGACUUGAGGUUGGGCCAGAGAGCUAGUGAGGCCAGUGAAUCCUCACCUUCUGGGGAGGAGAGAAAUGAGAGCUGGGACACAGGGCACUCACCCACAGUAGUGUGUAUGUGCACACUCACAUCUGGACAAAAUCCACACCAAGGCAUGCAUACAAAUCAACACAGAAUGAGCCACUGCACAGUCAUACACACAUUUAAACAUGCACCCCACAUACAGAUGUCUAGCCACUAUCCUGUACAUCCAGCCGCUGAUGUGCACUCCAGUUGUACACCAAGCUGCCGUCUUGGACAUGUGCAUGCACAUGUACAUACACCAAACAGCCCUGAUGAAAAAUUUGGAUAAACGCACUUUUGCGCACACACAACUAAACACAUCCAUAUGAUUUAUCAUCACACUCAAGUCCAUGCACACCUUUGCAAACGUGUGGGAAACAAUCACUCUGAUCACUCUGGUGCACACAACCUCCAAAUGCACUAACAGGCUCUACCCACGCAGAGAUGCAUCGACACACCCGAGUUGUCAUCAGCACUGCAAGUUUUUUCCAAACAGCUGCUAAAAAGAGAAUGCUGCACUGCGGGCCAGCCCACGUGACCGGGAGGAAGGCUCUCCCGCCCAUGACGGGAUGGGAAAACUAUGCCUGGGGCCGACGCUCGGCCCGGCUGCUGCAGCCGAGGAAAGCCGGGACGCGGAGCCCCGCCGAGAGCUUCUUUGCUCCGGACGCCCCUGGACGUGGCGGACAGCCGCGAGGGGACUUCCGGAAAGGCUCCCCUCAACUGGUCUGCAGCCUGCCUGGCCCCCAGGGCCCACCCGGCCCCCCAGGAGCCCCAGGGCCCUCAGGAAUGAUGGGACGAAUGGGCUUUCCUGGCAAAGACGGCCAAGAUGGACAGGACGGCGACAGGGGGGACAGCGGAGAGGAAGGUCCACCUGGCCGGACAGGUAACCGGGGAAAGCCAGGACCAAAGGGCAAAGCCGGGGCCAUUGGGCGGGCUGGCCCCCGUGGCCCCAAGGGGGUCAACGGCACCCCCGGGAAGCAUGGCACGCCAGGCAAGAAGGGGCCUAAGGGCAAGAAGGGGGAGCCGGGCCUCCCAGGCCCCUGCAGCUGCGGCAGUGGCCAUACCAAGUCAGCUUUCUCGGUGGCAGUGACCAAGAGCUACCCACGGGAGCGGCUGCCCAUCAAGUUUGACAAGAUUCUGAUGAACGAGGGUGGUCACUACAAUGCUUCCAGCGGCAAGUUCGUCUGCGGCGUGCCUGGGAUCUACUACUUCACCUACGACAUCACGCUGGCCAACAAGCACCUAGCCAUCGGCCUGGUGCACAACGGCCAGUACCGCAUCCGGACCUUUGAUGCCAACACCGGCAACCAUGAUGUGGCCUCGGGCUCCACCAUCCUGGCUCUCAAGCAGGGUGACGAAGUCUGGCUGCAGAUCUUCUACUCAGAGCAGAAUGGGCUCUUCUACGACCCUUACUGGACAGACAGCCUCUUUACGGGCUUCCUAAUCUAUGCCGACCAGGAUGACCCCAACGAGGUUUACUUACAUACAGUGACUCUCCAAAUUUUAAGUUGACAGCUCAGUGAAUACUUUUUACUUAUGUGCACACCCUGAAACCUCCAUGUAGAUCGAAGAACAAGCUAUUUCCAGCCUCUCACCUCCCUUCCCCAAAGGCUCUCUUAAGACCCCUCUAGGUCAGUACCUGGAAAAGUUCCAUUUUUGAGCUGAGUUCCAAAGAAGGAAAUAGAGCAAUGCAAAGGCCUCGGAAAAGAGGUCUCCCAGCAAAAGACUCUGCAAGUGCAAAGACUUUGACGGAAAAGAGGGAGGGGCCAACGUCAGAACUGAGAAGCGAGGCAUGAGGCGUGAGGCUGGAAGAUAAUACAGAACCUCCUAGGCCAUGGCAGAGCUCGUUCCACUCACAAAGGCUUAUCAGAAUGCAAAGUGAGCACGACACUGAUAAGCGGAUCAUCUUGAAUCUGCUCAAUGCAUGAGUCAAGUCGGCCACAGACUUGAGCACUUUGUUAUUAGUUAAUCUUUUUCAGGUCCGCUUCUCAAUGAAUGAGAUACACCAGGGUAUGCACGUACGCCUGAGAACCGCUGCUCUAAGAUGGCAGGAAUGGAUCCCACGCAAAUGAAUCUCACCCCAAGCCCAGGUGUUUCCAGUAUGCAGGGGUCUGAGGGCUUAAGAAGCCGCAGUAAAAGUGCCAGGUGCUGGCGGGAUGUGGUGGCUCAACGCCUGUAAUCCCAGGACUUUGGGAGGCUGAGGCAGAUGGAUCACUUGAGGUCAAGAGUUCAAGACCAGCUUGGCCAACA